UGGUGAGAUCAGCGCUCAUAAGCCUCUCUCUGCACAUCGACAUCGACUGGAGGAGCAACUCUAUGUGUUGACGUAUCAAGAAGUGGGAAGGAAUCAUUCUUUUAGCUUAAAAUCGAAGUGACUAUAAAGAGCUGGAUUUCCAUUACUAUUUGUUUACAGAUUCAAAUAUAAAAAGGUCUGGGGUUGAUUUGAACAUCUUCUUAAAGAUUGUGGGCAUUUUAGUAGUUUCUCUGAAAAUACUUCAGCGAAAGUGGGACCCAAACGAGUUUUGUGCUCUUUUGGCGCCUCGGGCUGUAAUCACAUUCUCUCAGUCUCCAAACGCGGUUAAAAAGCUUUCCCCAAAUCUCUGCACAUGUCUUCUCCGAUUUCACUCACUGCUCCACUCCCAAGCAAACGAAGGUUCGUCGAGUGAGGGAGAGAUCCGAUGCGCAGCUCUCCACAGCACUUGUUGUGCACUUCUCUGUUCCAAUCUCUGGUCGUAUUGUUGUCGGUUAGUGGCUGCUUAGCCGCCGACCCUUACGUCUUCUUCGAUUGGACCGUCUCUUACCUCUCCGCUUCUCCUCUCGGCACUCGCCAACAGGUUAUUGGGAUAAAUGGGCAAUUCCCUGGGCCCAUUCUCAACGUGACUACGAAUUGGAAUGUUGUUAUGAACGUUAAGAAUAAUCUUGAUGAGCCGUUGCUUCUCACAUGGAAUGGAAUCCAGCACAGGAAAAACUCGUGGCAAGAUGGAGUUUUGGGCACUAAUUGUCCGAUUCCUUCUGGUUGGAACUGGACUUAUGAGUUUCAGGUCAAAGACCAGAUUGGGAGUUUCUUUUAUUUCCCAUCUACAAACUUCCAGAGAGCAGCUGGUGGGUAUGGAGGGAUCAUUAUCAACAAUAGAGACAUAAUCCCAGUUCCUUUUGCUUUGCCUGAUGGAGAUGUUACACUCUUUAUCAGUGAUUGGUUCACUAAGAGCCAUAAGAAGCUGAGGAAGGAUGUUGAGAGUAAGAUUGAUUUUGGAGCUCCGGAUGGUAUUGUCAUCAAUGGAUUUGGACCUUUUCCUUACACUCCCAAGCUAGCUUCCGAUGGUAUUCCUUUCGGGACGAUAAACGUUGAACCAGGAAGAACAUACCGUUUCCGUGUUCAUAACAGUGGCAUAGCAACCAGUUUGAAUUUCAGAAUACAGAAUCAUAACCUACUUCUUGUUGAGACAGAAGGUUCAUACACAGUUCAGCAGAAUUAUACGAAUAUGGACAUUCAUGUGGGCCAAUCCUUCUCGUUUCUUGUCACCAUGGAUCAAUCUGGUAGUAACGACUACUACAUUGUCGCCAGCCCAAGGUUUGCUAAACCAUCUUCGUCCGCCAAAGCCACUGGAGUCGCUAUCUUGCACUACUCUAAUUCCCAAGGACCCGCUUCAGGUCCACUCCCUGAUCCUCCUAUUGAGUUGGACACAUAUUUCUCAAUGAACCAAGCACGAUCCAUAAGGUUGAAUGUCUCAGCUGGAGCUGCACGCCCGAACCCUCAGGGAUCUUUCAAAUAUGGCCAGAUCACGGUAACUGAUGUCUAUGUGAUUGUGAACCGACCACCGGAGCUUAUAGAUGGGAGAUUGCGUGCCACUCUUAAUGGUAUAUCAUACUUACAUCCUUCAACGCCUCUAAAGCUUGCUCAGCAGUACAACAUCUCAGGGGUAUACAAGUUGGAUUUCCCGAAAAGACCGAUGAACAGGCAUCCCAAGGUGGAUACCUCUGUCAUGAACGGCACGUACAAGGGAUUCAUGGAGAUCAUAUUUCAGAACAGUGACACCAGCGUUAAGAGCUUUCACUUGGAUGGUUAUGCAUUUUUCGUUGUCGGGAUGGACUUUGGUCUGUGGACAGAGAAUAGCAGAAGCACGUACAACAAAGGAGAUGGGAUUGCUCGGUCUACAACGCAGGUGUUUCCUGGUGCGUGGACGGCCAUCUUAGUGUAUUUGGACAAUGCUGGCAUGUGGAACCUUCGAAUAGACAAUCUUGCCUCAUGGUAUCUGGGACAAGAAGUGUACUUGAAUGUGGUUAACCCAGAGAUUGACUCAUCUGAGAACUCCAUUCCUCAAAACACAAUAUACUGUGGUCGGCUCUCAGCGUUACAAAAGGAUCAGGCAGAGAGAGUAAACUUCUCGGGAUCAAGGCGAUCCAUUUUGGCGACAAGCAGAGGGAUUCUCCUCACUAUUUUUGCAAUCUUAAUUAGUAGUUUAGCCAGGUGAGGAUUCUGAGCAAUUCAAACCGGAUUAUAGGAAGCGCCACUCCCAUCAUUUCAAAAGUUGAUGUAGUAGCUGUAGAAGCUUGAAGAUCUAGUGUUGUUGAAGAUCACAGAUGCUAUUUUAUGCUGGUAGUUUUUAUUCAUUCAUCCAUGAAAAUGUAUGUUAUGCCGUAAGGCUUGCAUUGUAAUAGAAUAUUAUCCUAAAGUUGGUAGCUGACUGUGCUGGAUGGAUGAACCUGGUGAUAAGAAAGCAAUUGUUUUGUAAUACUAACAAGAUUCCUGAUUCUAUACUGCCAAGAAUUUGGUUGAGGAAAUGUCAAGAGCAGAGAGAUACUUAAUUAUCCUUAAGUGAAGCCACUUUGACGAACCAUUCAAAUCAGUUUGUUCCAAAAUUUCAGAAACUUGGGAAAAAUAACAACUUUAUUAUGUAUUUCCUGUUGGCUUUGCCGUUUGACCACCAUUUUCGUCGCCAAAAGUUUGCAAAAACCUCAAACGAUCCGAGCAGCCGUUGACCCAGAUCCUCUUGUCAUGGUUUCUAUCUCCAUUCAAUCACCCACUUUUUUAAACUCCCCAUUUCUAUCUCCCGCCACCCGUAAGACCCGACAUGGACCUUCUCCAUCACUUCGUGUCACUGCCUCUCGCAGCUCUUUCGAUGUUGUUGUUGUUGGUGGUGGGAUCAUCGGGCUAACCAUUGCCCGCCAGUUCCUUAUCGGGUCGGAUCUAUCCGUUGCCGUUGUCGAUAAGGCCGUCCCUUGCUCCGGCGCCACCGGUGCCGGACAGGGAUAUAUAUGGAUGACACACAAGAAACCGGGUAGUGAUAUUUGGGACUUGGCUAUGAGGAGCCAUCAACUCUGGCACAACCUUGCACAGAGCUUAAACGAGCAAGGCCUUGAUCCUCAAGAGUUGCUCGGUUGGAAAAAGACAGGAAGCUUGCUCAUUGGAAAGACUUCUGAGGAAUGUGUUGCUCUGAAACGAAAGGUUGAUGAGCUAUCUGAAGCUGGGCUGAGAGCUGAAUAUUUGUCUAGCGCUGAUUUGCUUCUAAAGGAGCCUGCGGUUCUUGUGGAUGAUGCUACUGGCGCUGCAUUUCUUCCCGAUGAUUCGCAGUUGGAUGCUCAUCGUGCGGUUGCUUAUAUCGACAAGGGCAACAGAGAGUUUGCAACAGAAGGAAGAUAUGCUGAGUUCUAUCAUGAACCAGUUACAGGUUUAAUAAGGUCUGAUGGGGGUAGCAAGGAGGUUGCAGGUGUUGAGACUUUGAAACGCAACUUGUAUGGUAAGAAGGCUACUAUAGUAGCUGCUGGUUGCUGGAGUGGAUCUCUGAUGCAUGAGUUGCUUAAAGACUGCAACAUUUCAGUGGAAGUUCCUGUGAAGCCAAGAAAGGGGCAUCUGCUUGUGGUAGAGAAUUUUGAUUCGUUCCAUUUAAAUCAUGGGAUCAUGGAGGCUGGUUACGUGGAUCAUCAAAGUGCUUCGGCUCCAAGAUUGGAUAUUGAGAAACGUAUGCUAUCUAUUUCCAUGACAGCCACAAUGGACACAACAGGAAACCUUGUUCUCGGUAAAGAACUUCACCAAUCUAUCUAUGUCUACUUCUGAGCCAGGAGCAGCCGUGAGUUUGUAGGGUUCGACACUGAAGCUGAUGAGACUAUCGUCCGGUGCAUAUGGGAGCGUGCAGCAGAGUUCUUCCCCAAGUUACGUGAUAUGUCCCUUCAAGAUUUCAUCCGUAAUAGGAAAGUGAGAGUCGGGUUGCGUCCUUACAUGCCUGAUGGGAAGCCAAUGAUAGGAUCUGUGCCCGGGUUACAAAACCUGUAUUUGGCAGCUGGGCAUGAAGGAGGUGGACUCUCCAUGGCUCUUGGAACAGCGGAAAUGGUAUUGGACAUGGUAUUGGGGAAACCAUCGGAGGUAGAUAUAUCAGCGUUUAAGGUUAAAGAACGUUGUUGCUGAGGAAAUCCCAAAAUCGCUCAUGGUAUUUGAGGGAAACCAUCGUAGGUGGAUGUUUUAGCGUUUUGGUUUAGUAACUUAAAGUUACUAAUUUUAGAAAGUACCAGAACAAACAAAAAUUCUCAAUUUGUCCAUGCAACGAGACAUCAACGGACGUCUUUUUUUUUGUUUUAUAUAUGUGGGUGACAUUUCAAUAUUAUGUUCUAAUUAGACAAAUAAAACCAAAUUACUUAAUCCCCACAUCGCAUGGUGAAUUCAAACACACAACGUGACACA